AUGACCACCUAUAAUCACAGUUCCUCUUACAACAGGACGUACGAGAAGAAAGUGAUAGAGGAGACGCCUCGCAUCCGAGUCACCACACAACCCUCACCCUUUACCACCCAUAUUCUCCCAGUGAGUUCACAGUUUUCUAGAGUAAUAAGUCUUUCGUCGAUUCACCAUCUUCAAUUAUUAAGUGGACUCACUUGCCACAGCACAAACGGACGCCCCUAA